CUCGGCAUGGAAUUGAGAGCACGAGAAUGCAGCUAAACAAAGACCGAGCUCGUGACGACGGGAUACUAUAAAUCUGAGAUGGGGAAUGGCCUCGAGGAACUUGAGCUGAAACCCGUCGUUGAACCGGUGCCCGAGAGGCUUACUGUCGAUGCCAUGUUGCAGAAGUAUUGUGGCGAGUUCGGCCCGUGGCAGUUGAAAAAUUUCUUCUUGAGCAAUUUGAGUUGUACCCUUGAGGCAUUUCAUACUAUGGUUAUGAUCUUCGCCGACCGGGACGUGGCGUGGCGGUGUUUGGAUCACUCCGGUUGCGACGCGGCGGAGAAAGAUGUUUGUAGGCUUGAACCUGGUUCAUGGGAGUGGGUUGGUGGCCGUGGAAGCUCAACGGUGGUGGAGUGGGGUUUGGUUUGUGGUAACAAGUAUAAAGUUGGUUUGGCUCAAGCCAUUUUCUUCGUUGGAUGCACUUUAGGAGCAGGAAUCUUUGGGCAUCUCUCAGACUCGAGCUUUGGAAGAAAACGGUCACUGAUUUUAGUAUGCAUCCUAAACACCAUUUUUGGCUGCUUAACAGCUCUCUCUCCUUCUUACUGGAUCUAUGUCCUCCUCCGACUAUUGACCGGAGUUAGCACGGCCGGCAAUGCCCUUUGCGCUUUUGUUCUUUCGACAGAGCCUAUUGGUCCGACGAGACGCUGCACGGCGGCAAUGUCUACGUGCUACUUCUUCUCCGGUGGCAUUGCAUUACUCUCUGGCAUUGCCUACAUCUUCCAAUCAUGGCGUAAACUCUAUAUCAUCUCUUCAAUUCCUUCGCUCUUUUACCUUAUCCUUGUCGUCCCGUUCCUCUCCGAGUCUCCGCGGUGGUUUCUAGUAAGAGGGAAGUUCGACAAGGCCAUGAAAGCUCUAACCAUCAUAGCAAACACAAACAAAAAGCACAUCCCAGAAGGAGUCGUUCUCUCACUCGACACAAAAAACAGUCGAACAGACAACAACAACAGCAACAAGAGUAUUAUUGACAUAAUGCGUUCACCCACCACUCGAAUGCGGCUUAUCAUUGGAGUGGGAGUGAAUUUCAUGAACGCAGUAGUAUAUUACGGGUUAAGCUUAAACGUCGUGAACUUGAAGACAAAUCUCUACGUCAAUGUUCUUCUGAACGCCGUCGUGGAGAUGCCCGCGUUCGCGGUCACGGCGGCGUUGUUAGGGAAGAUGGGGAGGAGAGGGGUGGGGAUUUGGACGUUAUGGUUUAGUGGGGUGUUUUGUUUGAUGGGAAGUAUGAUAAAGAGUAAUAGUGAAGGGAAAUGGAGAGUGUUGAAGAUGGUUUGUGGGCUAUUAGGGCUAUCAGGGAUGGCUGGGAACUACAACCUGUUGGGACUGUAUGUGGCGGAGCUUUUUCCGACGGUGGUGAGGAAUGUGGCCUUGGGAUGUGCUUCACAAGCCACACAAAUGGGAGCCAUUUUGGCACCUUUUGUGGUGGUUAUGGGGGGAAGGUGGCCAUUUCUUGUGUUUGGAGUGUGUGGAAUUGUGGGUGGAAUGCUUGUGUUUUUUCUGCCCGAGACUCUUAAUAGACCUUUCUAUGAUACUUUGGCUGGUUUGGAGGAUGGAGAGAAUACUAAUAUUGCUUCACCUUCCUCCAACAAUGUUGUGCGGGUGAGUUCAAGUAAUGUUUGACCUAUUAAUG